AUGGCGUCAGUACCCUUCCAGACACAUUCGCAACCAGGGACAAGAUAUGGGACACCGGUCCCCCAUCCUUUAUCCCACUCUCAAAGUUUUGAUACCGGACUUCAACAACAGUAUCAGCGCGCCAUCAGUGUCCAACCUCAAUAUCACGGUCAGUUAUACGGACAAGACAGCAGUUCCUAUGGCCCUAUCCCCGAGCCCUAUAGCACUCCCGCGACGUCCCCACCGACACCGGCACGACAUGCCGAGUUGAUGAACAGCAACCACCGAAACUCUCCCCUCAGGAACCUGACUCGGAGCUCGAAGAUCGAGAAAAAGCCGCCAAGGAAAAAGAAGUCGUCAACGGAUUCGAAGAAGCUCGAGGGCAAAGUAGCAGCCCUACUGCUCGACAAGCCACUAAGCCAGCAAAAAGUUCCCGAAGACCUGGUGCUAACCAACAUGGAGGACUACGUGAACCGAGGGAAAGAGGUGCGCCAACGGGAAGUCGAGAGCGGCAAGAACCCGGGCAAAGUCAAGCGGCCGAUGAACGCCUUCAUGCUGUACCGCAAAACGUAUCAGGGCGUGGCCAAGGGCUGGGCGGACGAGCACAACCACCAGGUGGUAUCGCGGGUGUGCGGCAUGAGCUGGCCGAUGGAGCCGGAGCAGGUGCGGGAGCAGUUCAAGGCGUGGGCCGAAAAGGAGCGCGAGAACCACCAGUUGGCGUUCCCGGACUACAAGUUCACACCCACAAAGCCGUCCAAGGCGCCCAAGUACAAGGAUGGCAACGAGAGCGACUGCUCGGAUCCCGAAUGGGACCCCACCGGCAGUAUCAGGUCGCGAACCCUACCGCGCGCUCGCUCGCUGACAAGGGCAUCCAGCGAUGACUUUGACGAUCAUCCGCCGUAUGUCAUGGGCCGCUUGACCUAUCCGCCUUAUGGGUACUCAGCGGGUAUGCAUAACACAAUGGCAGCCUUUGCCGGGCACCGGUCGCCCUUUGAGUAUUCCAACCCGAGCAAGACCAUGCCGGCGCCGUAUGAGCAUCACCCUGGGGCGCUACGGGAUGGAUCGUACUAUGGGGCGCAGAUGCACACGCCGCCAAGACAUCUCCAUCACGGCAUGUCGGUUGAGGACAUUGUCAUGCGCAGGACGCCAUCGCCGACCAUGGCCUACUCUGGAGGGCGUCCCCACGGGUUGUCGAUGUCCAACGCUGGUGCCCCUGACUUGAAUCAGUACAGUCAGCCCAUGUUCACCGAUCAUUUCACGGCCAGUCCGGCGGAGUAUGACCUUCCAACGCAGCAGUCACUGCUGUUGAAGCAGGAGCACUACGACCACCAAUAUGAGCAAAAGUAUGACUCGCACCUUGAGCCAAAGUACCACCACCACAGUCAUGACUCGCAGCAUGAUCAGAAGUACGACCCCCACCACGACGAGCGCAAGUACCAUGUGCUUGACGAACCGCGCAUCGACCCAUCGCUAGAGAAUGUGUACACGACCUCGGCCGGAGCGGGCAUUCACAGCAUGAUUGGCAACGACGGCGGCGGUGGUGGUAGUGAGAACAAAACCAGCAUGACGCAGGCGACCACCUCAUCGACACAGAGCGCAUGGCAGCCCAACACGUCGGGAUCCUCCGGGGGAGCAGGGCCCAUGGCGUCGGGGGCUGACAGCGACAACGGCAGUGGUAGCCAGUUUGUCGACAGCUUCAUGUUUGAGGACGAGCACAUGCGGGCGCUGAGCGGGGGUAACUGGCAUGUAGAAAGUGUGGACCCUCCGCUUCCGGACGGCAGCCACUUUGACACGAGCUGGAUGAUGGACCAGCCCGCCGUAGCUGAUGCGGUCGUCAAGACGGAGCUGGUCAGCCACACGCCUUGA